AUGGAUGGCACACCAUUGCUGGACAAUCUUGUCUAUCCCUGCAGGGGAGUAGCCAAGGAGCUUGGCUAUGUUUUCUAUUUCUCCAGGAAACACAUCUGUGGACUCAUCGAGGAGGAGGCUGAAACGCUGGUCACCCACAUCUGUGGACUCAUCGAGGAGGAGGCUGAAACGCUGGUCACCCACAUCUGUGGACUCAUCGAGGCUGAAACGCUGGUCACCCACAUCUGUGGACUCAUCGAGGACGAGGCUGAAACGCUGGUCACCCACAUCUGUGGACUCAUCGAGGACGAGGCUGAAACGCUGGUCACCCACAUCUGUGGACUCAUCGAGGAGGAGGCUGAAACGCUGGUCACCCACAUCUGUGGACUCAUCGAGGAGGAGGCUGAAACCCUGGUCACCCACAUCUGUGGACUCACCGAGGAGGAGGCGGAAACCCUGGUCACCCACAUCUGUGGGCUCAUCGAGAAGGAGGCGGAAACGCUGGUCACCCACAUCUGUGGACUCAUCGAGGAGGAGGCUGAAACGCUGGUCACCCACAUCUGCGACCAACUUUUUCAGAAAGACAACACAAUUGAUUUUCUAGAGUAUGUUGCAGCCCUUAACCUGGUCUUGAGGGGCAAGUUGGAACAUAAACUGAAGUGGACUUUUAAAAUGUACGACAAAGAUGGAAGUGGCUGCAUUGACAAGACUGAGCUGCUGGAGAUUGUAGAGUCCAUCUACCGACUAAAGAAAGCCUGUCAUGGAGAACUGGAUUCAGAGUGUAACCUCCUGACCCCAGAUCAAGUGGUUGACAGAAUAUUCGAACUGGUGGAUGAAAACGGAGAUGGGGAGCUGUCUCUGGAUGAGUUCAUUGAUGGGGCCAGGAGAGACAAGUGGGUGAUGAAGAUGCUGCAAAUGGACGUCAACCCUGGGGACUGGAUCAAUGAACGGCGACGUAAGAGUUCUGGAGUGAGCUCUGAAGCCGGACCUCUGCAAUAAGUUUCUGGACUACUUUCAAUCAAAAGUUGAAUCCAUCUACCAGCAGCUUCAGCUGUCCUGUGCCGGCAGACACUACCACCAUGCCCACGUAGACUGUGGACUCUUGUCCAGAGGAGGAAAUCACUGCUCUAAUAACUCUCCUUCUCUCCCCAUAAAUAGCAAACACACCAUUCUCUUUUUAAAUCCCUAAUGUGUACAUAUCAAUGUGUUUCUGUUUGCCCUGAUGGUUGUGUGUGUUCCACUAUUCAUGAUUGCAUUUUGUACGUGCAGGCUACAGUGAAAGGGACCAGUUUUCUCCAUCUCA